AUGCCUCUCAACAACAUCAUGGACAUAGAAAUUUUUUAUUAUUUUGAUGCACUUCUGGCAAAAUAUGGAGUUAAACACAAGGUUGCAACUGCGUAUCAUCCUCAAACUAGUGGCCAAGCAAAAGUAUUGAAUAAAGAAAUCAAGAGGAUUUUGGAGAAAACAAUAUGUCCCACAAGAAAAAAUUGGGCAGGAAGAUUGGAUGAUGCACUGUGGGCAUAUAAGAUUGCUUACAAGACCCCAAUUGGCAUGUCUCCAUAUAAGCUGGUCUUUGGCAAAGCUUGUCACUUAUCGGUAGAACUUGAACACAAUGCUUAUUGGGCCGUGAAGAAGUUAAAUUUUGAUUUACAAGUAGUAGGUGAGCAAAGGUUGUUGCAAUUAAAUGAACUUGAUGAAUUUCGCCUUCAAGCUUAUGAAAAUGCCAAACUCUAUGAAGAGAAAACAAAGCAAUGGCAUGAUAAAAAGAUAGUGGAAAUAAGCUUUGAGCCAGGACAAUUAGUGUUGCUCUAUAAUUCUCGCUUGAAAUUAUUUUCAAGAAAGCUUAAAUCAAGGUGGUCUGGUAUUUUCAUUGUCAAUGAAGUAUUUCCACAUGGAGCAAUCGAAGUUAGAGGGACAGAUGGUCGAAAAUUUAAAAUCAAUGGACAAAGAUUGAAGCAUUAUUGGGGAGGAAUGGCACCAAAACGAUCCAAACCAAGCUCCAGUGGUGCUUUUGAUAGAUCGAAGUUCAUCUCAGCCGAAGCCUCUGCACGAUAUCAUACGUCCUUGAUCAACAAAGUGCCAAUUCCCGAACGAGGAAUAGAGAUCCCCAUCUUGUCUUACAAAGAGAUUCAUGACACGCUUCGAGACAGACAUUAG